GAAAAGGGAAGCUGGGCCCUGAGUCUUUAUUGGGUACUUCCAAUGAGAUGAGGUUGGUUAGACAUAUCAAAAAUAUGCAGAAAAGCGGAUUUGCCUUAACCAGGCAGGAUGUGCGCAGGCUUGCUUACGAGUUCACCAAUCAAUUGGGAUUUAAGCACCAAUUUAUCCCCAACAGCGAAAUGUCUGGACACGUCUGGCUGCAAUCAUUUCUGAGGCGAAACCCCACAAUUACUAUUAGGAAAUCCGAAGGUCUUUCUCUACCAAGAAGUCAAUCUAUGAACCGUGAGGCAGUAAAAAAAUAUUUUGAUUUGUUGCAAAAGGUCUUGGAGGAAAAUCAGUUAUUUGACAAACCGAUGAAUAUAUUUAAUAUGGAUGAAUCAGGUCUCCAGCUGAACAAUCGCCUCGAUAAAGUUUUAGCUGAAAAAGGUUCAAAAAGUGUUUCCGCCAUCACCUCUUCUGAGAAGGGAGAAACCAUUACCUUAGUAGCUUGCAGAAAUGCUGAAGGCACAUUCUUGCCCCCAGCAGUCAUUAUAAAGGGUUAUUUAAGCGAUUUUGGACUUCGAUGAUUGAAGAUUCAUAGACACAGCCACAAGGUCAACGUGUAAAGGUGACAUGCAAGUUGUAUGCUGCAAAUUUGUCGGUCGGAAACGUAUGAAUGAAACAUUUUUUUAAAACAAGCUUGUAUUUAGCUGUUCUUAAUUCUUCGCGAUUGGAAAUAUAAACGAUAAUUAGUCGCCUUUAUCUCAGUUUUGAAAUAAAAGCGUGUUACGUUCUGACAGCAGGAUGGAAAAACGAUGUAACACACUUUUAUUUCCAAACUUGAGUUGAAGGAACUUUAUUAUCCUUUAAGUAUUUCCAAUCGGAAAAAAUGUUUUUACAUUCUUAG